AUGGGGUUCGGGUCCCCUCCCCGAACCCAGGUGCGUAAGCCCACCACGGGGGACUAUCGGCCUGUACAGGAUUUGAGGGAGGUUAACAAAAGAACUAUUAAUAUCCACCCAACAGUGCCAAACCCCUACACCCUCCUUAGUACUCUCAGUCCUGAAAAACAAUGGUAUACUGUUUUAGAUCUAAAAGAUGCUUUCUUUAGCUUACCCCUAGCACCUAAGAGCCAAGAGCUUUUCGCCUUCAAAUGGACGGACCCAGAAAGAGGCAUCAAUGGACAGCUAACUUGGACACAGCUGCCACAAGGGUUUAAAAACUCUCCCACCCUAUUCGAUGAGGCUCUCCAUAAAGACCUGAGUGAGUACCGACAGACACACCUAAACCUAACCCUCUUACAAUAUGUAGAUGAUCUACUGAUAGCAGCACAGACCCUCGAGGAAUGCACCCGAGGAACGGAGGACCUCUUGCACACUUUGGGGAGCCUGGGCUACAGAGCAUCUGCUAAGAAGGCCCAACUCUGCAAGACUGAGCCACCAACCACCCUAAACCCUGCCUCCCUGCUCCCUGACCCAGACCUGAAAGCUCCACUCCAUAAUUGUGUCAAGGUGUUAGCCCAGGUGCAUGGAGUAAGGGAAGAUCUACGGGAUCAACCCCUGCCCAACACUGAGGUAACCUGGUUUACUGACGGGAGCAGCUUCGUACAUCAAGGACAGAGGUAUGCGGGGGCAGCGGUGGUGUCAGAGACUGAGAUAAUGUGGGCCGAGCCCCUGCCGGCAGACACCUCGGCACAGAAAGCAGAACUGAUAGCCCUAACCCAAGCUUUAAAACUGGGAAAGGGAAAAAGACUUAUGGUCUACACUGAUAGCCGGUAUGCCUUUGCCACUGCCCAUAUACAUGGGGCUAUAUAUCGUAAAAGAGGUCUCCUAACAGCAGAGGGAAAAACCAUAAAGAACAAAAAAAAAAUCUUAGCUCUCCUAGCCGCUUUAUGGGAGCCAAAAAGAUUGACAAUUGUGCAUUGCCUGGGCCACCAGAAACCUAUAGACCCCGUGUCAAGGGGCAAUUAUUUCGCUGAUCAGACUACUAAGAAAAUAACUAUGGCCCCAAUUCAGGCUGUAGUCGUACAACAACAAUUCCCUGAUCCAGGACCCAGGAACUUGCCUCCAAUGCCCGAGUACACCGAGAAAAACCUGCAAUGGGUAAAAACACUCCCUGAGGCACAGCUCCUUAAUGGGUGGUGGAGAGACUCUAAAUGUCGCAUCAUACUCCCUAAAAAACUAGAAAAAAAGUAUUACAAAAAAUCCACCACAGCACUCACCUAGGCACCAGGAGGAUACAGGACUUAAUAAGACAAACGAAACUACAAAUAAAAGAGGCCCCCAGCAAAAUUGACCAAAUUGUUGUCAAAUGUAAAGUCUGUCAACUCACUAAUGCAGGAAGAAAUGUUCAGAAUUCUGGAACAAGACAGCGAGGAGAUAAACCAGGAGCCUAUUGGGAAGUAAAUUUUACUAAGGUAAAGCCAGGAAAGUACGGGUACAAAUACUUAUUAGUUUUUGUAGAUACCUUUUCAGGAUGGGUAGAAGCCUUUCCCACUAAAAAUAAAACAGCCCAGGUGGUGGCCAAAAAAAUACUG